CCAAGAUGAUGUGCAAGUUUGCCAAGUGUCCAGGGCCGAUGGCCACGUCCGGCCGAUGUGUCAUGUGCGCCAAGCCAGGCCAUCGCGCGUGUUCCACUGAGUACCUGAACAACUUCCUCGUGUCCCCUGCGGUGGUCGACGCCAUCGUAUGCUGCUCGCGGCAAUGCGCCGACCAAUUCGUCGUGGAUAAGGGCGACUGGACGAUGCGGGCGUCGACCACCGUGUCGCUGUCCGCCGACCCGGACAUGUCGAUCCCAGAAGACGAAGCCAUCUACAACUACGACGACAUGCUUCGAGAACACGGCCUGGCGCCGCCAUCCGACGACGUCCAAGCCGCCAACGCCCUCGUGGAACAGCGAUUCCGGACCAUGAGUGCGUCGUCCGGCCGGAAGCGAAGUGACUCGAGCUUCUCCAUUGCCUCGUCCAUGAUCAGUCGGGGCGCGGCUCGCUGGAAGAAGGACAAGCACUGCAAGGAAUGCAACACCGAGUUCCACCUCUUCCUUCGACGACACCAUUGCCGCCAAUGUGGAUUCUCAUUCUGCGCAGAACACUCGGGUCUCCGUAUUGCGCUGCCGUCGCAGGGGUACAAGGACCCCGUCCGCGUAUGCGACGACUGCUUUGAAUACGUGAACAACUCGAACGAACAGCUCACGUUCGUGUGCGAGGACGAAGUGUUGGAACCAUAACAUCCAUAUUAUAUUCACAUAUAUACAACAUUUACUCUUUGGGUCAA